GGGCACGGCCGUCAGCUGAUUCUGGAAAGCCAGUACAGGGCUCGAGUGGAAAGGGUGGGUCCGCGGCCGACGUCAUUGCCGCGGCCGACGUCACGGCCACUUGCCGCAUCUGCAAGAUCGCUCUGGUGCAGCUCGGGCGCAGGUGUCAGCGGGAGCCGCUUAGACCUCUGCAGCUUCUCCUCCACCAUGGCUGACUCGGAGAACCAGGCACCCGCAGAGCCGAGCCAGGAGACCGAGGCGGCGGAGGUGGCAGACGAGGCGGAGGAGGUAAUGGCAGAAGGCGGCGCGCAGGGGGGAGACUGUGACAGCGCGGCCGGCGAGCCUGACUGCGCCGCAGGUCAGACCGCCGAGGAGCCCCAGAGCCCUGCGGAGAACGCGCCAAAGCCUAAAAAUGACUUUAUCGAGAGCCUGCCCAACUCGGUGAAAUGCCGAGUCCUGGCCCUCAAAAAGCUGCAGAAGCGAUGCGAUAAGAUAGAGGCCAAAUUUGAUAAGGAAUUUCAAGCUCUGGAAAAAAAGUAUAACGAAAUCUACAAGCCCUUACUUGCCAAGAUCCAAGAGCUCACUGGAGAGAUGGAGGGAUGUGCAUGGACCUUGGAGGGCGAGGAAGAAGAGGAUGAUGAUGAUGAGUACGAGGAUGAGGAGGAGGGGGAAGAGGAAGAGGAGGAGGAAGAGGCUGCGGCAGAGGCUGCGGCUGCCAAAGACCGGGGUCCCAGCUCUGCGGUAUCUGAUGGCGCCAAGGAAUAAGCGGGGGUGGAGAUGGAAGAGCAGAAUGACGAUGAAGAAAAACCUGGUGUUUUGUUUUGUUUUGUUUUGUUUUAAAUAUUGGUGAACUUACAAAGGCUCAGGCUUUGGACCAAAAUACAAUGUGAAUCAAUUCUGACAUUCCUAAAAAUAUAUUAAAUUGAUGUAAUCAGAUCCUGACCAGCCCGUUUCAAAUUUGAUUUUCAUCUUGAACCCAAUAAAUAUAUCAAAAGGUGUUGGAAAAAACGAGUUAAAUUAAAACUGAUUUUUUUCCACUACUCUUCUGUGAGGACUGGAACUGAGGACUUAUUUAGGGUGUCAAGUAGACGUGAAAUAAAGAACCACUCUGAAUCCCAUUCAUCACUCUACGAUCGCACUACACACACGGAACACCCAAGCCAAGACUGAGCAUGUUCUCAAUGCUUAAUUCUUCAAUUUCUUUAGUCUUGAAAUUUUCCACUGCAGAAAAAGCAGUACACAAGAAAGAAAACUCAUCUAUAACACUUCGCUUUUUAACCCAGACAUCAGCUUCACACUUCGGAGAAGGGGGCGCCCCGGAGGAGGCCUGCGGUGGAGAUAUGCCAGUCCUGUGAAUGAGCUCUGCAAACUGCCACUCCAAAUUUUCAUGAAUAUUCUGAACAUUUGAAUUUAGAGAAACAGUGUGGUUCUGAGAAGGGUUUGUAAUCUGUAUAAUAUUGUCAACACAUGUGUUCAUUAUUUACAGUCUCGUGUUUGUGUGUUUUCUUGGCAGUGUCCAUUUACAAAGGUGUAAAAAAAAACCCAAAUGUUUAAGUAUUAAAUCCCUCUACCUAGCAUUUUAGAAAUAUUAAUUUACUUGAAAAGAUGUAGAAUGUAGCAAAUUCUAUAAAGCAUGUGUACACAGUGUUACAUAGUUUGAUCCUUGUGAAGUCUUUUUGUCAUGUAGCUUUUAGAAUGCAGCUGUGAAAAUUAUCAGAGCUCUUCAAUGAAGCUAAUGUUUGGGAAAAAAUAUAUAUACUUGAAGAAACAUUCUAAAUGUGUGUCCCCAUUCCCAGUUCAGAAGUAGAAAGGGUUUAAGUUUGCUUGUAUUAGCUGUGCCUUCAUUAUUUUGCUAUGUAAAUGUGACAUAUUAAAUAUAAAAUGGUGCAAAAUCACAUUUUACUGCUUGAGGAUAGAAUGGCAUACAGUUAAGGAUUUUUAGGAAGGACACAUUUAAUGUAAAGACUCUUAGCUUCUUUGUGGGUUUUGAAUUAUGUGUGACUAAGUGAUCUAUCAAAAAAAUAAGCAUAAAGUUGUUUACCACUGUGGUGUUAAUAAAACAGUAUUUUCAAAAAACAA